CUCUUCCAUUACUAGACUCCGCCUACUUAGCAGAAACAACAACAAAGAGAAUAAUAUUAAACCAGACCACAACCCCGCGCACCAUUUACUUUAAUUAGUCAAUCUGACGGGAAAAUUGUUGAAAUAGGAAAAUGUCUUGCCUGAAACCUAUGAUUGGGCCGUCUAUUCUGAAUGCUGAUUUGGCUCAGUUGUGCGAUGAAUCUCAGAGACUCCUGGACUUUGGAGCCGACUAUUUGCAUCUUGAUGUGAUGGACGGACACUUUGUGCCCAAUCUCACAUUUGGGCACCCUGUUGUUAAAUGCCUCAGGAACAAGAUCCCUAAGGCUUUCUUUGAAACUCACAUGAUGGUGUCUAAUCCAGAACAGUGGAUCGAGCCCAUGGCUGAAGCUAAAGUGGACCAAUACACCUUUCAUGUAGAGCCAGUUCAAGAUGUACCGGAGAUAUGCAGAAAAAUUAAAGAAGCUGGCAUGAAAGUUGGCCUUGCCAUUAAACCUGGCACUUCAGUGGAUGUUGUCAAGGACUACUUGGAUUUCGCCGACCUGGUUUUGAUAAUGACAGUAGAGCCAGGCUUUGGAGGCCAGAAAUUCAUGGCGGACAUGAUGCCAAAGGUGGCCUGGCUGAGGGAAAAUUACCCAGACCUUAACAUUGAGGUCGACGGAGGGGUUGGCCCAAGCACCAUUGACCAGUGCUCAAAAGCUGGAGCAAACUGGAUAGUGUCUGGAACGGCAGUAAUCAAGGCAGAGGAUCCAAAGUCGGUCAUUUCAAGCCUCAAGAAAUCCGUGCAGACAGCCAUUGACUUGAAAAAUUGAUUAUGAAGCAUUCCAUCAUACGCUCAUAUUUUAGCUUAUUUAGUUCUCGGGUUCACUUGAGUUUUGGUAUCUUGUUCCUGGUUGUUUUUAAGGAAAAUCUUAUGUUCAAUCAAUAAACUUAUAUUUUUUGAAA